GUAUAAUAUAACUCAGUAUUACUGACAAAUAUAUCUCCAAUCAUGAAGAGGUAAAGUUUAAUAAAUUGUCGAGUAUUCAGAACCCCUGCCUUCAGCACGGGCCGGCGUUGAGCUGCGCUUGCGACUCCAGUCGAUCGAGCACAGCCGUCAGCGCAGUGUCUCGCCGCGUCCAACUCCAACUAUUACGAACUUUUUAUAAACCGCGUACCUUGCAGACAUUUAUAAAAAAAAAACGUGAAGUGUCAAAGUGUAGUUGUCAAGUUAUUUUUUUUUGCAAAUGUGUUUUAGAUAUUUUACUAUAGUGCCAAGUUGCGGUUAAAGUUCGAAUUUGGAUGAUUUUCAAGGAAAUUGUGCUUUUUCGUUUUUGGGCCGUGAUGUAAAACAUUAACUUUAUACAUUGACGUUCUAAAGCGAUCGUUUUGCUAAACAAGUUUGUUAAUGAUAUGCCACAAACAUUAGUGAUGUAACGUACAUAAUGUACGCACGCGUCACAGAGACGCACGCGCGGACUUUGGAGAACUAGUAGUGAAGUGCGUGAACCGAUUAGAAUCGAUAAAGUAAUCGAUCGUGUUGUGGGACUCGAUUACGGAUGAACACCCUGAUGCUCACGACCGGUGGCGCGGUGGACGAACAACCCUGUGUUGACAGCAAUAUGGCAUUCUCUUCCUACAACAUGAUGGAUUCCGGGGGAGCAGGCAUAGCAGAGUCCCCUCCUACUUACCACCGAACUUACGAACAAUAUGUCCAAGGAGCAGUUGAAAACAGCACCGACUCAGUUCAGGAACAGACCAGCCCCGAGCUGGUCGUGUGGUCUACCCUGCCCUACGGCCUGGACUACAGAGCGCAGUACGACUACCGAAGCCCCUACGACACCGGCAGAGAUUACUCCACACAGCAGUACGCCAGGGCCCCGUUUACCACGAAGAUGGGACAGGCCAAGGCCUUGAAGGAGGCCAGGAUCAGGAGGCCUAUGAACGCCUUUAUGGUGUGGGCGAAGGUUGAAAGGAAGAAACUGGCUGAUGAGAAUCCCGAUCUGCAUAACGCUGAUCUGAGUAAAAUGCUAGGUAAAAAGUGGCGUUCGCUCACACCGCAAGACAGGCGGCCGUUCGUGGAGGAAGCGGAGCGGCUGCGCGUCAUCCACAUGACGGAGCACCCCAACUACAAGUACCGGCCGCGGCGGCGGAAGCAGAACAAGACGCGGCCCAACCAGCCGUCCACGCCGGCCAGCGCGCCGCCCGCCUCCUCCGCCGCGCUGGGCUCGCCCUACGCCGCCGGCACCGACUCGCCAGACCCGCGCUUCUCGCACAACCCCGGCGCUGGCUUCUCGCCCUACAGGACCUCGCCCCUCGCCUCGGACUUCCAAAACAACCAGCAAUUCAACGGCCACGUGCAGACCCCGGAGUCUUCCCCCGCGCGAUCUCCUGAACCGCAAGGCAGGAGGAGCGCUCCUGCUGAAGCUCCACUGCCUACGCCUGAUGCGUCUCCAGUAGAAAAUGAAAAGGAAAAUUUCCAAUAUGAAGAGAGGAGGCGAGCAAUUAAUGCUUCUUCAAUGUCUGACUCAUACUCGCCCUACAAAACAUAUAGAACGCCUGGCUCCUUCUCGCCAGCGCCCGUCGCUGCGAUGGGAAUGGCUAACGGCAUGUACGUCAUGUGCACUCAGAGGACCCUGACCGAGCAGCCCCCACUCGUCACCGGCACGUUCUUCCCGCCAGUCGCGACCUCACAGGACCAGCAGGCUCUCGGCACAUCCACGCCUAAAGUUUCUAACGCCCUUAGCGGCUCGAUGCCCCAAGAAUACACAAUUCAGUAUCAUCCUUACGAGCAAUACGAACAGAUGUAUAAAACUGAGGAUUCGUACGUGUCUCAUUACCCAGAUCAGCCAAAAACUGAAUACGACACGGGCGGCAGCUACUUCUCGGAGGAGCCCCCGUCCAACCAGCAGCAGGAGGGCGAGCAGGGCUUCAUGAACCCGCGGCCGGAGAUCCGGACGGGCUCGCCGGAGUCUGACGUGGACGCGCGCGAGUUCGACAAGUACCUGGACUACGGCGCGGAGGGCGGCAUGGAGCAGCAGCAUCAGCAGCAGCAGUACCGCUACGAGCAGCAGCAGCAGUACCGCGCGGCCUACUGCCCCGAGCAGGCGCCGGGCGCGGAGUACUGCGGCGAGCGCAUGUACGCGGCGCCGUACGCGGGCGUGCUGGGCGCCGCGCCGCCGCCCGCCUUCCCGCCCGCGCCCGGCGCCGACCAGCGCCCCGACGACGAGUUCAGCGUCAUCCUGGCCGGCGUGCGCCAGACCUGCUACAGCAACUGACUAGGCAGGACUCAUGUACGCUAGUUCAUGGACUCUUCCUCAAAUGUAGCCCAAAGAGUUGACUCCUUUCCAAAUGUAACAUGGAAUGUUUGACGACAAACUUUGCACUGCGGAUGUAGUGAUAUUAUAAGAAUUUGUUCUAAUUCGAAUACAAAAUGUAUCAAUUAUUACAUUUCGCAUUUACAUAAAUUGUAUACCGCGAUGAAGUGUAAUGUAACUCAGAUUUGAAUAUUUUUCUAACUUUAACGCAUUUUUAGCGACUUUUGUAAUUUGUGUAAAACUUUUCAAUUAUUUAUUACACUGUGAAUAAAUUAAAAAGGAAAGUAACGUAUUUUAAGUGAAUUUAUACGAUUUGUAGGGAAAUAAAAAUAAUUUUAAUGUAAAGACGAAACAGCUUUCUAGUACUCACGUUGUUCGUUCCAAAAUGUGCCUUGAAGGUGUCGACGGCAGCCGGUUGUAACUGCGAUGUUAUUGUUAAGAGUUUGAACAUUUAUAAAUAAUAAAUAAACGCUGUUAGUGUUAAUAAUUGGUGCUAUGUGAAGAGAUCCUAAAAUAUUUUUUGUACGUCCAAAUCCGUAUACCAUAGAGGUAGUAAUGCGAUUCCUAUAAACAUUAUUUAUUUGUAACUAUUUUUGUAUAUUUCGUAGAUAAAGACUAAAACGAGCGUCGAAUUAAAUGAAAUAUAGGUUCUUCCAUUAAGCUUGUAGAUAUAUAUGUUAAGUCGUAUUUUUAUAUUGUUUUAGUGAAUAAAAUCUAUAGAACUAUUCUGUAUAAACUGUUAGAAUAUAUUAAUAAAGAAAUAUCUCAUAGGUUAUAAUUAUUUGUACUAAAACUAUACCUAGUUAAAUUGUUUUUAGUUUACUGCAAUUUGUUUAGUUUUAGUUAUGAGACACUCGCACUGCGAAACUAAGUUCUUCCUAAUUGUAAGAAAAUUUAUAAGGAACAAUAAAAUUUUAUUCAUAUGCA